CCAAACCCACUCUCUCAGUCGGCGUCUGGAGCUGCCUGCCUUUGCCCUCACCUCCCUGCGUGUCCCGGCGUCUUAAAACCCAAACACAAGCAAGAGGAAGCCUGCACGGCGCGCACAUGGGAGAACGCAAGAUUUUUUCUCAACCUGCACGUCGCACGAUGGCUCAUAUAUGAGGAGGACACUUUGGCAUGCGGACAUAAACACGCGUCUCCACGGAGAGAAGCGCAUGAGAAAACACAACGCUGUCCGUCCUCUCUCCGACACCGAGAAGGACUCCUCCCCACCUCGGCUGUGACACCUCCGGUAAAUCGCCCGAGAAAGGAUAACAGUCUUUUUUCUUUACGCCGGAGACAAAAGACCGAGUCUAACAUUACCAUUCAUCUGCCAGUGACUGCCUGGCUGUAUGGCUUUAAAAAGUUGCCUGGAGAACAUGGACAUCUGACGUGCGCCACACGGCGUCAUUGGACACAUUGAGCCUCUCUCUCUUUCCCCCCCCAUCACAUCUUGGACUGACUAAUCCCCUGCGCUUUGGGUUUGGAGUAAGAAGAAGUGUUCAGCAGUUGUCAUUUGCCCUGACACAGGCUACAUCCAGUAGCUCCCUGCAUACAGGGGGACGUUACCACACCGUAGAAGACACUGCCUGUUGUGCUGCGCAUUUGUGCUGCUGCUGCUGCUGCUGCUGCUGAUCUCACUGUUUGUGCAUUAGUGGGAGAAAUAUUUUGUCAGCCCACCACGGAUUUGUCAGAGCUGACAUCCUGCAUAACAUAAAGCCUGUGAUUCAUCCGGACCCUCGACCUGCAGCAGAGAGGCAACACAGUGACGCGUCGGUUUUGUAACUUCAAAUUCCCGUCAACCUGAACAAGUGUCAUCUCAAGUGUCCCCCACGAAUGGUCACAUUCUCGCUGCUCCCCUACGCGUUUUCUAUGUUGUGCGCAUUUCUGUUUGUUUGGCAUUCACAAACUGCGCCAGCAACACGCGGCCACAUGUGAAUGAGACUCAUCACCUGUCCCGGUUGAAGCGCCCGUUACAACUCGACUGACUGACCGACACUGAAGAGGAAUACGUGCCGAAGUUUCGCUGUAGUGAUGCUGCAAAUGGAAAUGGUCCUCUUCGUCUGCCUGGUGCUGUUGAUGUGUGUAUUUAGCCAGGAGCCCAGUUCCAAAGUGGUGGCCGACCGCUACGCCGUCUUCUGGAACCGGACCAACGCCAAGUUCCAUCGUGGAGACUACCACAUCGACGUGUGCAUAAACGACUACCUGGAUGUCUACUGUCCUCACUAUGAAGACACAGUGCCUGAGGAGCGGACGGAGCGCUAUGUCCUCUACAUGGUUAACUACGACGGCUACAGCACGUGCGACCACACUGCCAAGGGCUUCAAACGCUGGGAGUGCAACAGGCCGCACUCCCCGAAUGGACCGCUCAAGUUUUCAGAGAAGUUCCAGCUCUUCACUCCCUUCUCCUUGGGCUUUGAGUUCAGACCGGGCAGAGAAUACUACUACAUCUCCUCCACCAUCGCUGAGAACGGCAGGAAAACAUGCCUGAAGCUCAAAGUUUUCGUCCGACCAUCAAACAGCUGUGUGAAAACUAUAGGCGUACAUGACCGCGUUUUUGAUGUAAACGACAAAGUAGACAAUACAUUAGAACCACGAGACGAUACCAGCCACGAACCGGCUGAGCCUUCCCGAAGUGACGAAACGAAUGCUGCGCCGCACCUGCAGAAAACAUGUCCACUCCUGGCUUUGUUGCUGGUUUGCCUAUCAGCACUCAUCACUUUAUAGCGCCUCCCUCUGUCCCGGAGGGCAUUUUACACCUAGCGUGGCCUGAAUCUGCCCGAGGCUGCAGGGAAAGGGGUGGGAUUUGGGUGGAGCGUGUUUGCUUGAAUUGGGCAUCAGCGCAGGCUUCUCAAGGAACCCUCUAUUUUUUUCAGAAAUAUAUUUAAGUGGUCUUUCUCCGUCUGUGAGUGAAAAAAGUUGAUGUUGGAAGUGGGAGAGACAGUUCCCCCUCUCAAACCUUCAACUAAGAUGCCAAAUCCCGUUUUUUGACACUUAGUGAUUCUUAUUUUCCGGUGACUUUUGACAUCCCUUUACAUCAUGUUUAUGUCAUUGCAGCACUGAUGUUUACACACACACACACACACACACACACACACACACACACACAUAUAUAUACAUACAUGCAUACGCAGCACAUACACACAUACAUGCUUAGAGAGUCAAAUGCAAUACACUACACUAACAGUCGAUAGUAAUAGGGUUUUAGAGUUGUAUACAGUAGCGGCAGUACACAGUAGGAAAGUGAAGAUUCUAGGCCUUAGAAAAAACUGUACAUACACAAAUACAUAGUUCUCCCGAGACCUCUCAAAAAAGCCUUUCAGGAAAUACUUUGAAGUUCUGCAGGGUCAUACAGCAAGAAGCAGAUUUUGCACCUCCAUUGAAGUACAAAGCUGAAAGAUGCAGGAAAAGAGGUCAGACUGGAAAACCACAGCACUGAGAUAUCUGUACAUGGCAUGCACCUUAGCCCGCUGACCUUCAGACUGUCAUAGAUAGCGCCCAAUUUUCUCUUGAAUACAAAGUGUGUGCAUAGCUGAAUAAGCAGCUUAGAGGUAGAGCUAGUGAAACCUGUGGAAACCACGAGGAGACUUUCUUUUGCCCUCCUCUGUGUAGAGCAUUGCCAGCUCUGCUCAAUAAAACAACACAUUUGGUUCAGUGUGACUCUCAGAACGGCUAAAUUGAAACUUUCUCACCAGACACUUUGUAGACUGCUAUUAAGAUCAAGGAUCAAUAUCUUUUGAGAGUUGAUCACACAAUUUCACGGCAACAGUCACAGUCAUUUUAUGCAAUGUUUACUGAGCAGGGCUACGAUUGUUCUCCCUGUUCCAUUUGAGUAUUAGUCAAUAUUAACACGCUUAUAAACAUUUGCAUCCACAGCUUUUUUUUUCCCUCUGAUAUCGACUGUUAAAGUGAUUGUUUAAAAAAUGACUCACAGUUACAUUGGAGACUAUAAUUUUUUACUUUGCAAAUGGCGUCUCCAAACAUUGUCUUCAACAGUACAGACACUGUAGACUUGGUAUUUUUGUGCCAUCUGAAAUCCACUUAGAUAGAACAAUAACAGAUGUCACGGGAAAGUGUUUGAACAGACACUUCAAUUUGCAAUACCGUUCCUUUUCUUGAUGUCACUUAAACUGCAGCUUUCACUCAUCAAAUAUUAGUUAGCUGGUUAUCACACUCAGUUUACUGCUGCAGUUAGUGCGGCGUUUACAGGACUGAUGCAUCGCUCCAAUUAGUCGAGAACACAUAGUGUGAAUAAAGAAACCAUCCAUUUGAUUCAAGGCAAUGCACAGCUCUAUUUAGUCUUGCCAGGUUUAUGUUAGCACUUAAAUGAAAAGGAAUCCACUGUGUUAUAAUGAUAUUCAGCGUCCUUCAGCUCCCACAGAUGCACAUGGUGAGUUAGCAUAAUGGAAGCUAUUAUGUCCUUUUCUUCAAAUGGAGGGGACUUGUUUCUUUUGCUUUCAAAGAAAUAUGGACAGAUAGAGAAAUUAACUCCUUCCUUUUAGGAGCUGAGUCUUUGUAUGAGAAAUCGGAUGCCAAUUGGUUUUUGGAGAGACAUCUACAAAGAGAGAAAUAGAGCAAGAAAAGGAGCACAGGAGUAAUUGCGUGUCCACCUUCAGCUCCUAGUGUUACAGGUUUAAGUGACUCUUUAAUGAGGUUCAAAAUGACAGGCAUGUGGACCCCAUGUUGUGGCAAGGGGAGUUAUUCCUGGUAUUAAAAAUAGAUGGUGGAAGGCUUGGGGGGUCUCGGGAGGGGGGUGUAGAUUUCCACCGUGGGGGAGUUUAAAGCACCAAUGACCUUGCAGUUUGAGUGAAUUGGUUAGUGAAGGAGACGCAGAGAAUUAAAGGGAGAGGACGCACACACAGCGAGAGAUAGAAAGACAUGGGAGGUAACCGAAGGUAGUGUGACUAGAGUGCCUAACUAAACAAAACAAGACAAGCAACUAACAAUCCAUGCAACACUACUGAAAGCAACACCUGAUUCAAUGACAAACCUAUUGUUCAGUAUCAUUCUGUCUCAAAAAGGCGUGCACUGUUUUGUUUUUGCUUUCUUUUUUUUUUUGUUUUUAUGGCUGCCUUUUUUCCUGUGUUUUUUCUUUUCCCCAGAAAGACUGCCUUUGCCUUUUGCCAUUUGUUCUUUUGCGCUACGGUAACAAUGCUAUUACAGCGGAAUAGCAGCUCAGCUAUGGGGGGUAAUAGGAGAUGAGGCCAUUUAAUGAGGUACUAAUUUUCAGGAGAACACCACAGGGAAUGAGCACCGCAUAAGAUUCAAAAUGGACGCCUGUCAGCAGAUUAACACUAGACUUUUAUCAGAAACCAGCUUCAAUUGUACUCUCUUAUAAUUACCAAUACUACUAUUUGUCAUUAUUGCUAUUAUUACCAUGGUUUAUUCUGUACACACCUUAACCUGGGAAAUGAGGAUCAACUUAUAAACUGGAUACUGUGUAUCCUGAGGUAGUCAACCAUAAAACAAGUAGUGUUAGGUUAGUAUCUGUUUUGUACCUUUCUGGAGGACAAAAGAAAAAAAUUAGAUCAUUGUUAAAACUGUAUAAUUAUUAUUAUUGUUAUGAUGAUGAUGAUUAUGACUAUUAUUAUUAGGAAAACUUCUUGAUGUAAAUAGUGUUUGAUAUUAAAGUAUUAAUUUGG